UACUUUGAUCUUGCUCAUUCACACCCCGACCUCUUUUUUUUUCUGAACAAUUCUAUCAUUUUUCUCUUUUUUUCCCUUUCUGUUUUCUUUUCCAUUUAUGAUAUGAAGCGCAGCAAGUCAACCUUAAACGAAGAAAACAAUAAAAAAACGAAACAAAGUAAAGUUUCAUUUUUUUUAUUUUAUUUUUUAUUUUAGUUACUAUUGAUAUAACACUUUUAUCUUCUUUUUUUUUUUCUUCUCUUUCUGCAGUACAUCCAUUCUUUAGUAACAAUUCACAAAACGAUUCAAGAAUGAAGAUCAAGUGGCAUUCAAGACUUCCGUCUGUCUUGAUCUGUGUUUCGAAAGGUUUAGAUCGAGCAAAAGCAAAAGUGGCAGCAUUUGAUCUAGAUAGCACAUUGAUUACCACCAAAUCUGGAAAAACUUUUGCUAGUAAUAGUGAUGAUUGGAAGUGGUGGCAUACAAAUAUUCCUGAACGAUUGAUGGAUCUUUAUUCUCAAGGUUAUAAAAUUGUUAUAUUUUCAAAUCAAAAUGGAUUGAAUAGUGAAAAACGAAUCAGGGAUUUUAAAAUAAAGUUAGAUACUAUACUUGGACAGUUAUCAAUGCCCGUACUUUUAUAUGCUGCUAUGAAGAAAGAUCAAUAUCGGAAACCAAUGACUGGGAUGUGGGAAGAUAUGAUAAAAGAAUACAAAGAUGAUGAUGUGACUAUUGACUUAAAACAAUCUUUUUAUGUUGGAGAUGCUGCUGGUAGACUUGAUGGUUGGAAACAUAAAAUGAAAAGAGAUCAUUCUUGCGCGGACAGAAAAUUCGCUCACAACAUUGGUAUCAAAUUCUAUACGCCCGAAGUUUUCUUUCACAAUGAAAAGGAAGUCGAUUUUAGUUGGGGUGAUUUUAAUCCACAUUCAUAUUCUAUGGCCAUUCCAUUAUUCACACCUACUUGUAGUCCUUUAAUACCUCAAAGUCAUGAUGAUUCCAAAGAGAUGAUUAUAUUCGUUGGAAGUCCAGCAAGUGGAAAAUCAAGUUUUGCCAAAAAACAUUUGAUUCCUCAUGGAUAUGAAUAUAUCAAUCAAGAUACUUUGAAAACAAAAGCAAAAUGUUUAAAAGCCUGUGAAGAAGCCAUUCAGCAAAACAAAUCAGUAGUGAUCGACAAUACCAAUGGUACUAGUGAUGUUCGGGCAGAAUAUCUCAAUUUAGCAAGAAAACAUGAUUUACCAGCUCGAUGUUUUUAUUUUGUAGCAGAUGAACACUUAUGUCGGCACAACAAUUACUAUCGGCAUAUUCGACAAAAGGAAAGCCGUGAUCUUCUUAGCGAGAUUGUUUUCCGAACGUACAAAUCAAGAUUUCAAGAACCAACACUGGAUGAAGGUUUUGCAGAAAUCAAGAAAAUCAACUUUGUAUUUGAAGGAGACGAUGAUGAUUUGAUGGCUUGGCGAAAAUGGUAUCUAUAGCAUAGAAAACGUCUCCUUCCUAUAGUUUUAUAUCCAUCUC